AUGACGCGUUUUCGUCCCUGUAUAGACCUGCACGCUGGAAGCGUCAAGCAAAUCGUCGGCGGCACGCUCAACACCACGACCCCCGACGUCCUGAAGACAAACUGGACCUCAGAACAUCCAUCCGCCUUCUACGCUGACCUGUACAAACAACAUGGCUUGACAGGCGCACACGUUAUAAUGCUCGGUCCUGGAAAUGAUCAAGCAGCCCAGGACGCAUUGGAAGCAUGGAAGGGCGGCAUGCAAGUCGGUGGAGGAAUCACAGAGAAGAAUGCAGCCGAGUGGAUCGAGAGAGGUGCGGACAAGGUGAUCAUAACGUCGUACCUCUUCCCCUCGUCUACCUUUUCCAUGGACCGCCUGCAAGCCGUCCUCCAAGCCAUUGGCAACGAUAAAACCAAACUCGUCAUUGAUCUUUCGUGCCGAAGGAAAGACGACAAAUGGUUCGUUGCGACGAAUAAGUGGCAGACUAUCACCGAAUUUGAGCUGAAUCAGGAAUCCAUAUCCCUCCUUGAACCGCACUGCUGCGAAUUCCUCAUCCAUGCCGCCGAUGUCGAAGGUCUACAACGCGGUAUCGAUCACGAACUCGUCACUAAGCUGGCAGAGUGGUGCAGCAUACCCGUCACAUAUGCCGGUGGAGGUCGUUCACUCGAAGACCUAGAGUUGGUGAAGAAAUUGAGCAAGGGCAAGGUUGAUCUGACCAUCGGUAGCGCCUUGGAUAUCUUUGGCGGGUCAGGCGUCAAGUUCCAAGAUUGCGUCAAGUGGAAUGCGGAGCAAGCAUGA